AGUCAGUCUGUCUCGUCAGUGGUGACACGGCCCAAUGUCGGUGGUGGUGCCUGAUGUUGGUGUACUUGCUAGGUAUUCAGGAACACACUCACACACACACCUACGUCUCUUUUCCACGUCGUCUUCGUUCCUCGACCUGUUUCUGGUUCCCCCUUUUCUUUUCUUCUUCUUCUUUCCCUGUUUUUCCCGGUACCCUUCCCUUUACCCCUUUGUCUCCCACAUUCAAUUACCUUUUCUCCUCUCUCUCCUCCUCUUCCUCCUCCUCCUCAUUCAUUCCCCCUCCACGUUUUUGGAGUACUCUCAGCAAUCCAUGUCUACGCAGCGAGGCCGUCGCAUCGCCACCGAGCAGCACGUUUCGAUUGAUGCCCGUCCCCCAUAACCUUAGCGCAUAACGCCCAUAUUACGUCCCUUGCCUUACCAAAGCACACGCACCGCCUCGCGCCGAGCCGAGGCCCCACCCAGAGCCGAUGGAAGCCGCGUCCCGCCUCGCCCUGCUGGCGCGCGCGGGCAGUAGGAGCCCCGUACAACAGCAGAAAGACGAGAAGGCCACCUGGAGCCCGCCGUCCAAGAAGUACUUGCCCGUCGUCACGGUCGACGAGUACGACAUCGAAGCCGCUGACGCCGGCCGCAACGGUCACGGAGAGAGGAAGUGGCUGCUGGAUCACCAGCACAGGAUGCCCCGCGGCCGCGGCGACGCAGCAGGAGCGGCAAUGGCUGGCCAGGGGCUGGAGGGCGUCGCGUGGUUCAUCCUGCUAGCCCUCGAGUGUCUUCUUGUCGGCACCGUCGAGGGGUGGAUCAUCUACAUGGUGUACGACAACGGCGAAUACGCCGUUUGGAACUGGCUCUCCGACUUCGCAUCCCCCGCGCUGAUGAUGCUUUUCAGCCUGUCCUUCUCCGCCGCCCUGCUCCGCGGUGUCGGGUGUUCUGGGCGCGUGGGGGACCUGGCGUUCCAGGCCGCCGGGCUGGUGCUGGCAACCUUCUGCGCCGUGGUGGUGUGUGCCGGUAUCAGCCGGGGGAAGAGGAGGAGUGGCGAAGGGGAGGAGGAUGGGAAGGGCGUGAGGGUUGUCGUUGGGUUGUCUGUCAAGAUGUUCCUCUUCUUUAUUGGCUUCUGGUGUGCUGUGUUCCAGUGGUACAGCGGCGACAAGCCGGGGAUGUACCAGCAGACGGCGCGGAAGAAGGGGAAGAAGAGAGGAUACGGCACGACGUUAAGCGGGCUCGCGACAGUGGACGAGAGCUAUGAGGGGGUCGUGGGCGACCUCUGAUGGCUUUGUGCCGAAUUCAUGACGACGACGACGACGACGACAACGAUGGUUCUUAUGAUGGCAUUUCUUUUGAGCGUAUGGUCUGAAUUCGAUACCCUUGUUUCCUAGUGCGCAGCUGUAUGGUUCAGUUUUAUCCCACUCCCGUACAUGUAAAAUAUUUUUAACGUCCUCCUAACCUCCUCCGGCUAGUGAAAUACUCGCUCCGCCGCGGUGCGCUC